CUCUAAAAGGAUGGCAGAUUUCAAGAUCCCCUAAGUGGGAAACAAAGCUGCUCACCCCCCAUCUAGUCCAGUGCUAGGGAAGAGAAAGAAGAUCUUCAGAGCAGAGAGAGCCCUGCUGGAAGCGUUAAUGGCUCUCUUCUUACUUUCCAGCUUGGUUCCGGAUGGAGCCAUUAAAUCCAGCCGCCUGCAGCUGAUCUGAGCGGCCACUUCGUCCUGUUUGUUUGCAAAACCUGAUGGGUUGCUCCUUUUUCAGGCAGGGCACGGCUCCGUUCCGCUUCCUCCAACCCGAUCAUCUGCACUUUGGCGGAUCCCCUUUUCCUACUCGGAUCUUCUGAGCAAACCCAGCCCGGGGCCUUCAACAGCGGAGGAGGAAGGGAUCCACUAGAUCUCCCCUGAGAGGUCCGGAGGGCAUCGAGGAUGGCGCAGUCCAGGUCCAACGGCUCCCACUACGCCCUGACGGCUAUUGGGCUGGGAAUGCUGGUCCUCGGAGUCAUCAUGGCCGUCUGGAACCUGGUCCCCGGCUUCGGCCUCAGCGCCAAACUUCACCCGGCCAGCAGCCUCCCCCACAACGAGACAGAGAUCCACCAGGGACCCUUGCACAGGAACAAGACCUUCUCAGUGGCCUACGUGUUGGUUGGAGCCGGGAUCCUGCUGCUCCUCUUCUCGAUUUGCCUGACCGUCCGGGACAGAAGGAAGCAGAGGCACCGCGAAGACGACGUCGUCCGGAUACGCCCGCAGUCCUCGGUCGAGCGGCCUCCCCCGGAAGACAGCCAAGAAGAGGACGCAGAGAGCCUCUCGCACUACUACGUGCCCAGCUACGAGGAGGUGGUCAACGGGGUCUACCCGGGCGGCAGGCUGGAGACCGAGCAUGGGGCCCGCAUCAGCGUCUCUCUUCCCUCCUACGAAUCUCUCACCGGCCUGGAUGAAAACCUC